CCCGCCCAAUACCCUUCUGGAUGGAUUUCCUAAUAAAGUUUCCGGCGAGAUGAAUGAAGAGCUUUGUGCCCCAGUUUCAAAUGAAGAGAUUAGGAAAGCUGUCUUCUCAUUGGGAGCGAAGAAAUCUCUGGGUCCGGAUGGUUUUUCUGGUAGUUUCUACCGCCGAUUCUGGGACAUUAUUGGAGAGACCUUGUGUAGAGAGAUCAAAGGAUUCUUUUAGACGGCCAUCAUGCCGGAGGGGUGGAACGAUACGCAUAUUGUUAUGAUCCCAAAGGUUGACCAUCCGGAGAUGAUCCAUCAGUUUCGGCCUAUCAGCUGUUGUAAUUUUAAAUAUAAAAUUAUAUCCAAGAUUAUGGCAACUCGCCUCAAGAAAUGGACACCCGACCUGAUCUCGGAGCUCCAAAUAGCAUUCACCGGAGGGAGGCUCGUACAAGAUAACAUCAUCAUUGUUCACGAGGCGCUUCAUCAUUUCAAGAAUCAUAAGCGGGGUAGGAGAAGAGAUAUGAUGCUCAAAUUGGAUAUGAAAAAGGCAUAUGAUAUGGUGGAUUGGGAUUGCCUUGAGGCACUUUUGGAGAAGUAUGGUUUUGAAGAUAGAUGGUGUAAAUGGGUCAGUACUUGCAUCCGGUCGGUCAAAUUCUCGAUUCUUUUCAACGGAGAAGCAACAGACCUUUUUACCCUGUCGCGAGGCAUCAGACAGGGUGAUCCUCUUUCCCCUUUCCUUUUCAUACUUAUGUCUAAUGCUCUCACCUUUUUUAUCGAUAAGGAGGUGGCUCAGGAACAUUUGAAAGGGAUCAAAUUGAACUCUAGAUGUCCCACUAACACCCAUUGUCUGUUCGCAGAUGACACAUUUAUUUUUGGGAAGGCUAACAUUCAGGAAGCAAGGAAAAUUCUUGAUCUUAUCAGCAAUUAUGGAGCAAUCACGGGACAAGAAGUGAAUAUCAAUAAGUCCUCCAUUUUCUUCAGUGCAAAUGUACCAGUUGAUGAAAAAGCAUCCAUCAUUGCCCAUUUGGGGUUUGCCUCCUUAAACUGCCACUCUAAAUACCUUGGUGUUCCGACGGAGUGGGGCAACUCGAAAAAAGAAACUUUUAGCUUCCUCAUACAAAGAAUGGAAAAGAUGGGGGAAGCUUGGAAGAGCCUUCUACUAUCUCACGGGGGGAAAGAAAUUCUUCUAAAGGCCGUUAUUCAAGCUAUCCCAUCCUAUAUCAUGUAUCUGUUCCAUCUCCCGGUGAAUCUUAACAAGAAAAUGGAUUAUCUCCUCACCAAUUUUUUCUGGUCGGGGUCUAUGCAGAAAAGUAGCUUGCACUGGUGUAGAAAGGAGGUUCUCUGUGCUCCGAAAUUUGAAGGGGGGUUGGGAUUCCGGAGCUUUAAAGAUUUCAAUAUGGCACUUUUGGCAAAACAGGCUUGGCGCCUUCUUUCUUCUCCCGAUUCCCUCUGGAGCUGCCUACUUAAGGGACUCUAUUUUUCACGAGGAGAUUUCAUGAAUGCAAAGAAGGGAAGUAGAUCCUCAUGGAUCUGGGCAAGUCUCUAGGAGGCGUAAAAAGUUUUGAAUUUGGGGGUAAUUAAGGUCAUUGGAUCGGGAAAGGAUACUUGGGUGGGACGGCUUGAGUUCAAGUCCUUAAGUCUUAUUCCUUAAGGAGAAUCUUAAAGUCUUCCUAUUGGUUGAUAGUGGAUUAGGUAGUUAAAAGGGGUUAGUAGUUAAUAAGUAGUUAAGAGUAAAUGAGAUUAUGCAAAUAUAAUUAAUAUUAUUAAUUAAUGAUUCUCUUUCUCUCUCCUCCCAUGAUUUUCUCCAUAACCAUCUCUCUACAUUUUAAUAAAAAAUACAAAAUUAAUUUUAUUUAAUAUUUAAUGAAAUCCAAAUUUAAUAAUUUACCUUUUAAAAAAUGGAAAUUUAAAAUUUAAAAUAUAUGGGCUCUCUCACAUCUUGACAACUUGCAAUUUAGUAUCAACAUUUUGUAAUGACAUUAUCAAUAUUUAUAAAUUGAAUCAUCAUUAGGGCUUUUCGUUGCAUGAGUUUAGGAUUUUUCGUUUUAAGGUAUUCAUUUGUGUUAUUAUUAAUGUUGUCCAACGGGUUUAUUUUUUAAUAAUGUUAUAUGAAAUUAUUAACUUUUUAUGUUUUGUUUUGUUUGUAACAUUAGCAAAAGUGAAAUUGUGUUUUCAAUUUGUUGGUACUUAAAGUUCAUUUACAAUUACAUCGUAUUAUCAAUUUGGUUUGCAAUGAUUUAUAAUCAUUUGAAGUGCUAUUAUCAUUGAUUUUUCAAGCACAAUACAACCAUUAGUAACAAUUUAUUUCAUUGAUUUGUAUUAUUAACAUAUUUUCGUUUAUGUUUGUAACUUUGUCAAAUGUUAUUAUCAAUUUAUCAAGAAGCAUACUUGUUAGGUAUUCGUUUGUUUAUGACAUUAGCAAAAGUGCAUUUGUGUUUAAUGAUAUAACUAUGGUUAUUAACCUUUCAGGCUAAGUUAGUAACGUAGUUGGUGUCAUUAUUAAUGGAUGUGUAUAAGCAUUAUCAAUGUUUGAAAAAAUAAGAUAUUAAUAAUAUCUAAUAAGGUACUUAACAAUUAUUAGUUGCUAUCAUUAUCAAAGUUUUUAUUGCACUAACCACUAAACACAUGUUAGUUAUUAAUGUGUUUUUAGUGUUAUUUAACAUUAAACAAUUAAUCUAAAUAUUAUUAAUAUUUUUUAUUACAAAAAUAUAUUUCCUUAUCAGUGACUUGCUCAUUUGUUAUUAAUGGUUUUUAAUAUAUUUAUUAAAAGUUUGAUGUCAUUUUAUAAUGUUGAAGUCAGACAUUAUUAUAUUGAUGUUUUGUGUUUAUUUUCAACGAAAUACUUUUCAUUAUCAAUGAUUUAUUGUAAUGUUAUUAAAAGUUUGGUGUCAGGUGUGAAUGUUGGUUUGCUUGGGCUAAUAUUUUUCUUGACAAUGUUUGUUUGACUGAAUCACACAGGUGCACUAUGUCACAAGUACCCAAGAUGUUGAAAAUCAAUAUUGUGCUUUAUGAUCAUUGAGGAUGAUAAUGUAAAGCAAUAUUAAUUGAUCAUAAAACGUUAAUAAUGUCAUUAGAAAUCA